UGCACAUGGGUCUUUGGAAGGGAUUCCAGAAUUUACUGAGAUCAUCCACAUGUUUAUUCUGAAGGAGAGACUUUUUUUCAUUGUUAAGAAACUGAGAGUGUGGCACUGGGAACACUUCAGGGCCUUCGAAGUUGAAGUGAGCCCUACCAAUGACAUAAUACUUGUGGAAUCGGAUCAACUGACUGAUCCAUAUCCCCUGGUAGCUUACACUGUGGGAGGAGUGCGUUUCAUUACCCUGAAAAGAUAUAUUCAAAUUUAAGGUUUUGACUCCAGCUUCCUGAACGUCACUGACUGUCAGGGCAUCUACAUCAACAACUUGAGAUCCAACUUUGCAAUAUGGCCACUCCCGUCCGACUCCUCAUCUUGUUGGGUGACGAAAGCGCUGAGAGGAUGGAAUUAUCAAGGGUGCCGGACACAGUUGAAGAGCUCAUUGAACAGGUCAAAAAUGUAUGCAAACUUUCUGGAGACAUCAGGCUGCAGUACAAGGAUGAUGACUUUGGUGGAACAUUUGUUAACUUGAGCGCAACGUCCAUGAUCAAAGACCUUACUACAAUCAAGAUCAUACAAGCUGCUCCUGAUAUUGUUCUGAGUUUCAUUGAAAGUGUCCCAUCUGAUCUGAGUGACUUAGACACAAGCCUUGCCUCACGAAACACUGAUACAGAUGACACCAUCAUACUCAGCCAGAGCUCUGACAGUGAGGGACUGAGAAAAGAGCCGUGGCCAAAGGAAUUCAUCAUCCCGCCUUUCUCCCUCGAAACAGAAGGUCUACUUCAGAGAGGAAAUGCAGAAUAUGCACAGAACCAAACAAGACUGACACCUUCAUCAAAAAUGCUGUCCGACAUACUGGAAAGAUUGGCAGAGAAGAUUUUUUCCUACAAGGCUUACCCCACUGAUGCAGACCUGAGUGAUGUUGCAGAGGCUCUGACACGGAAACAUCCCUGCUUGAGACAACCAGACUCCUUCAAUGAGAGUUAUGGAUGGAAACUGAAGCUCAAGUGCAAGAUGAGCAACUACCGCACUCAGCUGAGGUCAGAUGGACUUUCGUCUGAGCUCAUGGUGAACACACUGAAAUCCAAAUCACGAGAAGAUGCUACUCCCUUCCCAGCAAAGAAUGUGAAAAAGGCGAGAAGAGGGGAGACCAACUACUAUCCUCAACCCAGCGGAGAAAGUCCAGAAAACCUUGAGAAAGAAAGAGCAUCUCUUCUGACUGAAAUAAAGAUAAGAAACAAUGAGAGAACCAUAUGGGAGAAGAUGGCCAGGACUUUUCAGUUCAGGAGGCAAGAGAUUGUGGAUCAGAAGCCAACCAUCGAGAACCUCAUGGAAAGAUGGCCAGCUUUAUUUCAGAUGGAAGAGGUUGAUGCAGAGUUUCUGCGGGUUACUGCAGUUCCCCUCCUGACCAGAUUUAUGGCGCACCUGGACAAGCACUCCCCGCAGCUGCUGAAGAUCUUCAGAAAGAAAGGAGGGAUCACUAAAGCAAAAACUGCCACGAUCCUUGAGUUUCUUGACCAGGGUGCUGAUGCAGAUUUCAGAAGGGAGUGUAUCCUCAAAGCUCUCAUCAUCUACCUGGGAGAACGUGGAAUACAUGAUCAAGCCGAGCAGGAGCUGGAGAGGACCAUCAUGGCAGUCUUCGUCUUCAGAGAGAAUUCAAGCCUUCUACAGCAGCCCGAAGACAUUGGGAUUGUCAUUGAUGGUGUGGAAGUCCUCAAUGAGCUGCCUUCUGUUGCAGCCGGAGUGGCAAUGCUCUUUGGACUUUGCUAUGCUCUUAACAUGAAGUAUCCACAGGGUUUCGGGUUCACCUUUGAGGCCCUUCAGAAGAUCCUGAUGGAGCUUGGUUCCAACAAGAUGACUUCCAAGAUUCGCAAACUCAGUGGUGAACUCAAAACUGCACAAUAG